AUGCUGGCUGUCGUCGCGCACGCCGGCUGCUUCACCUUUUCUGAUCUAGGAAACCAGCAUUGCCGCUCCCCAUCUCUUAAUACAGAGGUGAUGACAAAGGAGGAAGAGGCGUUGUCAAGGUUGGACGAGCUGCUGACAAAGGCACAUAUGUAUUCUGAAUUUCUACUCGAAAAGAUGGACCAUCAGCUACAGAUUAUGUUGGCAGUUAUUCAAAUGAAAAAUAGGGAGGAACAUGUGGAAGAUCUGAAUAAAGGACAUGGUAUAAAAAGGAAAGCAAAGCCUAAACACUACAGUGAUGCAGUUGGGAUCAAUUUUGUAAGUUCACUUGCUCUGUUAGAGACCAACCCUGCUACAACCUGUGAAAGAAGCACAUUUCAUAUGUCAGGAACCACACACAUCACAGGAGAUGUUGUUUCUGUAUGGAAUAGAACGUGA